GGCAAUGGUAGCAGGGGGUUUAGAGCCACGCUGACUGCUCCGGGCUCUUUGAAGGCCGGUGGACAGCCACUGACGGGCAUGAAGCAGUUUCUGUGGUGCAAAUAGAUUCUGGAAGCGACAACCAUGAUUGAAUGACUUAGGAGCUUGUUAUGAACAAGGAAGACUGUGAGGAGGCCUAGACAUGGAGAUUGGUGAUGGAUCGGAAGACAGUGCAGUGAUAGAAUGUAGAUGUGAAUGGUUCACAGGGCAUCCACUGAUGGAAUGCUCAUUCCUUGAGUUACAGGCUGUAGGUCAGUGAGUGCUUCUCAUACUUGAAUGUCAUUGUGGAUAACCCGGGAAUCUUGCUGAAAUGCGAGUUAUGAUUCACAAAUUCUGGGUAGCGUCUACAUACUGAAUAAGCUCCCAAGUUUAUGCUGGAAAUAAUAAAUCUAGAAAUAAGGAUGCAAAUUAAAAUUAGAGAGUGCUAUGAGUAGGCAUCGACUCAACGGCAAUGGGUUUGGUUUUGGUAUUAAAUAAUAAAAGGAAGGAUCAUGCUUGAAGGGGAAACACUGGUGUAAAGAUGACGCGAGAGAGAGAACGUUGACCUGAGGUCAAGAAAUGGAAGACUAGGAGGCAGCUUGGAGGGGAGCAGGGUAGAAAGAAAUGGGAACACAGGGGAGAGAUGCUCCUCGGAGAAAACCUCAUGAUUUCCUGAUUAAUUUGUUUGAUAGAUUUAUUAUAAGCUUGAAAGACAAAGUGUCCAGGAAUCCUCCCAGAUUUCUCAACAGCUUAGGGACUCAUGGGGUCAUGGUUUGAGAAGGAAGGGGGAAAAAAAACUCAAGAGGAAGAAAGAAAUCUUCACUGCAAAAGCAACAGGAAAAAUACCGAUCACAUAUUACAAUGCUAUAAAUGAAAUUAAAAAUUGUUGAAAAAGCACAAUAGAAGAGUUUUAACUGUACAUAAGUAAAAAUGAAUGAACCAUGAUGGGUUGAUUGACAGAACUUGAAAAAUAUGUUCUUCCAGACAGCUCACCCACAUUAAUAUCAAAUAACAGUGCGUGUGUUCAUGUAUAAGGGAGAAAGUUACACAGGUGAGCCCACAACUUCAGCAUUGGUCCUCUGACUCCGUGGAAGAAAUCAGGUUCAAGUUUUGCAGCCUGGCCAGGCCUGGUUGCUUCCCAUGCUCUGGGAUAAGUAAAUUCCUCCGUCUGUGACCUUGCUGGCAGGAAGAAGAGGCCCAUGGAGCUGCAUGAAGAAUGCAGGUGUGUGCUCUGGAGGCUGGAGCCUGUUCUGCCUUCAGUGCAAAUGCCCUCAGGGUGGAGCCUGGCCCUGAGCCUGGGAGGAGGCCAGAGACCUGUCACUCCCUGCUUCCUCAACACUUUCCUCCGCAUCCUUCUUCCAUUUCAGGUCUCAGGUGUGGUGCAGGGAGAGCUAGUCCAGUCCAGACAUCUGGGGACCUAGGGCGACCAUCUCGCACAUCCGUACAUCACCGGGAAGGCUUGCAACAGCUCUGGCUGGUGUGUGCACCAAACAUUAUUCAUCUGCCUCCAAACUGCCCAGUGCUCUGCUUCCACUCCCAUCCCUCUUCCUGAUGUCGCUUCUUGGGCUCAGAGACGACAUUCCCUUCAACUUCCAGAAGCUGGAGAAGGAAAUGGACUCAGUGAUCAUUGAGGAUGUGGCUGUGCUCUUUAGCCAGGAAGAGUGGGCUUUGCUGGAUCUUGCUCAGAGGAGACUCUACAGAGAUGUGAUGAUGGAAACCUUCAGAAACCUGGCCUCAGUAGUCUCUCUACACCUUAAUGAUGGAGAAAACUUAUCCAGUGAGCAUAUAAUGGUGCGACUCAUGAAGAAUAACACCUGGUCCUCCAUGUUAGGAGAAAUCUCAGACUCACUUGGCAACAAAGAUCACCAUAAAAACCAGUGGAGACAUGUGAGAAGUCAUACAGUACAGAACCACUGUGAAAGUAAUGAAGGCAAUCAGUGUGAGAAACCUUUCAGCCAGAUUCCUCCAAAAGUAAAUCCUUUUGAAUUUUGUGAGUGUGGAAAAGCCUUCAUGGAUCACUCAUCACAUAAACAUGAUGCCAGAUCUCACACUGGAUGCAAUACCCGUCCGUGUAAGGAGUGUGGAGAAGCCAGCAGUUGUUCCUCUCACCUAACCACUCCUAUAAGAACUCUUAAUGGAAAGAAACCCCAUAAAUGUAAAGUAUGUGGGAAGUACUUCAUUUGUAUCUCAACCCUUAGAAAUCCUGUGACAACACUCACUGGUGAGAAAUGGUAUGAAUGUAACCAAUGUAGGAAAGAUUUCUGUAGUUUCUCAUCCUUUUGGAUACACAUGAGAGGUCAUAAGCAUGAAUGUAAAGAAUGUUGUAAAACCUAUAGUCCUUCAUCCCUGAUUUUACAAAAAAAAAUUCAUAACAAAGAUAACCCUUACAAAUGUAAGGUAUGUGGGAAAGCCUUUAGUUGUUCCUCAUCCCUCAGUACACAUAUGCGAACUCACACUGGAGAGAGGCCUUAUGAUUGUAAGGAAUGUGGGAAAGCCUUUAGUCAGUCAUCACACCUCACCGAACAUAUGCGAACUCACAGUGGAGAAAGGCCUUAUGAAUGUAUGGAAUGUGGGAAAGCCUUUAUGUGUUCCUCACACCUCACUAAACAUCUAAAAACUCACAAUGGGCAGAGGCCUUAUGAAUGUAAGGAAUGUGGGAAAGCCUUUAGUGAAGCCUCAUCUCUCACUCGACAUAUUAGAACUCACAGUGGAGUGAGACCUUAUAAAUGUAAAGAAUGUGGGAAAGCCUUUAGUCGUUCUUCAUCCCUUACUAAACAUAUAAGGACUCAUAGUGGAGAAAGGCCUUAUGUAUGUAAGCAAUGUGGGAAAGUAUUUAGUUGUUCCUCAGACCUCACUACACAUAUGCGAACUCACAGUGGAGAGAAACCUUACAAAUGUAAAGAAUGUGGGAAAACCUUUAGUGUUUCCUCAACCCUCACUACACACAUGAGAAUUCACAGUGGAGAGAGGCCUUAUGAAUGUAAGGAAUGUGGGAAAGCCUUUAGUCAGUCAUCACACCUCACUACACAUAGAAGAACUCACAGUGGAGAGAGGCCUUAUGAAUGUAAGCAAUGUGGCAAAGCCUUUAGUUGUUCCUCAGCCCUCACUGCACAUAUAAAAACUCACAGUGGAGAGAGGCCUUAUGAAUGUAAGGAAUGCGGGAAAGCUUUCAGUUGUUCCUCAGUCCUAACUAAUCAUAUAAGAAUUCACAGUGGAGAGAGGCCUUAUGAAUGUAAGCAAUGUGGGAAAGCCUUUAGUCAGGCCUCAGCCCUCAUUACACACAGAAGAAUUCACAGUGGAGAGAGGCCUUAUGAAUGUAAGGAAUGUGGGAAAAGCUUUAGUCGUUCCUCAUCCCUCACUAGACAUAUAAAAACACACAGUGGAGGCGUUAUGAAUGUAAGAAAUGUGGGAAAGUCUUUAGUCAGGCCUUAGCACUGACUACGUAUAGAAGAAUUCACAGUGGAAAGAAACCUUAUGAAUGUAAGGAAUGUGGGAAAACCUUUAGUCACUCCUUAAUCCUCACUAAAUAUAUAAAAACUCAAGUAGAGGCUUUAUGAAUGUAAGGAAUAUGGG